GUGCCUCACUCUCACAGGCUGACUCUGGAAUCUCCCACUACUUGCGUUCUACGAAUGAAUCUGGUGUCCUUGCUCGUCUUGAGGCGAGUGAUAUGCUCCGUUGAUUCAUAAUGCUAUAGCUGAGGGAGCCCUUACAGCUCACCUCCACUGCUCAUUCGUCACUGGCAUGAGCCAGGAUGUCCCUGAAGAUGAAGGCAAAUGCUCUGACAUGCCUGGUUAUUCAGACCACGAGCGAUUGUUACAGAAGUUCCGGACUAUCAUAAGCAUGCUCUCAGUGCUUCGCGCCCAUGAUCCUCCAGCUUUGAUCCCGCAAGCCGCGUACAAGGGAAAGGAUUUCAAGGGUUCAGAUGCGUUAGCUACUUUGCUCGUUAGGUCGAGUGAAGUGGUUUCGAUCGCAAGGCGAAUCACACCUGAAGAAUUGCAGCUCGUUGCCUUCGUUCAGGACACUCAUGUGAAUUGUCCUCGCACGCCAAAUUCGGAUGGUUCUAAUUGUUUAACUUUACCGCCAUGGGAGACAAUCCCCCACCCUCACUUCAGACAUGGGCAGAUCGUUACGCAUCCGGAAAGCCCAUCACCCUCGCUGCAUGACAAGGAAGCUGAGGAAUACUCGACCAAAGAGUAUAUACCAGCCCAAUGGGCUGCAGAUACAUUCGUCGAGCAUGCACAAAAUAUUCUCGAACUUCUCGGGCUUCCAGGAGAAGGUGACGGUCUACUUCACUACAUAACAGCUCAAACACAUCCGAAGAUAUCACGCCGAAUGCAUCAUCCACGAUAUUCCCUUCCCUUCUAUCGCGCGUUCACAAGCGACAGCUUCACACCCCAACCUAAUAUAUACGCCUACGGUAAAUGGCAUGACGAUGACGAAUACCUACAGAACAUUCUCAAUAAUGAAAUCGACGUUAUCACCCAGGAAACUGGCCUCAAACUACCUAAUCUACGAAAGGCUGCAGCUGGAUUUAGGCAAUCCUUAUACACCGCGGAUACGUAUCUAGAAUUUUCGGCCUUGUUGAGGACCGCUUUGAUUGGAUUUGUGGGUCAUCUGGAGGUUUUGCAGAAGUUGGAUUCUGAACAUCCUGCCUUUCCCGAGGCUGUGCGCCUUUGCGCUAUAUACGGCGAUUCACUUCGAGCGAUCGCCCUGUCAAACGUGUUAGUGUUGCACGUUCAAACAAAUAUCAUGGAGCUGCGACGGGUCCAUCAAGAAGUACUCGCCAGUUCUGCGCCGCACGCUCAUCCCCCAGACGACGAGGAAGACCUGGAACUUCUUCUCGCUGCCACCCCAAGCCUAAAACGCACAGGCUGGGACACUUACGGACAUCGUUCCACCGCAGAAGUAGAUGGCGAAACAUUCGUUCGAUGGCUUCAACUCCAAACCAUCUACUUUCGCGCCUCCAGGUUCGCCGAUACCGUGUUUUAUAACAUCAUCUGGAAGAGACUAUUUGGAAAGAAAGCCCAUUUGACGAUCUUGCAGGCCGACUAUGUCGAGCGAUCGAUGGCCCCAUGGAAAGACGUCGUGAAGAAACUUAAUUUGGGUGGGGACGAGGAGUGUACGCCUAUCAAGAUCAUCGAGAUGCUGGAAGGAAAGAUCCUACCGAAGGAGGAAUGGGACUUUGUGCAGAAUGCUUUUCAGCCGGAUCAGCCGCUGAGUCGGGGAGAGUUCACUGGGACGUUGCACUGUCAAGCUGCGAUGACCGCUUUUGUAUAUGCAGGUCAAUGUAACAACUCCAGCUAUAAAUGGUUCCAAACCGCGGACUUGGGAGCGUUUACAGACCUCUCGAACAGUAUCGGCAUCUCUCAGCGCUGCUGCCCGGUAUGCACCAAACUCCUAGACUACCUACCCCUCGACGGAGAGAACAACCCACUCUCACUAAGUUCCAGACCCAAAUUCAUCCAAGAACGAUUCGGAAUCCAAGUCGCCCGCGGGUCUCAUACGAAGAUCUCACCAUGCGCUUUGCCACCAUGGUUACCCGAUUCCGUCAUUCAGAAUAUGCUCACCCACUUUGAACGGGAGUUAACGUGGGAUUUGGAGGACUUGUGGAGAAAGAGGUCUCAGAAGGUUUUGCCGCCGGAUUGGAAUGUGAGUACGGAGGGAGGUGGGAUACCUUGGACGGUUGCUGUUGAGCUGUUGCAGCCUGAGGAUGGCGAGGAUGGUGAUAGUGAUGAGGACGAAGAGGAUGUUGGAGCGCUCGACUCGAGUGGUUCGUGGUAAGCACUUGAGAUGACGUACUCGGAGGUCUUGGAGGGUUAGAUCAUUAAGAUUGCUCUCGAGAAGUUCGGCAUGUCAUGGACGACGAUUGUAGACACAAACCUAAUCGUCACAAGUGGUAAUUAGGGAGAGACCUGAAUUGGAGAGGGACGAAGACUGGCACAAGAUAACCCAAUGUACGAAGAUCGUGUCACCGUCUCUAUCUGCCUCUGCCUCAGGAGGUAUACAAUGUUUGCGUUAGCUCUAGUCUAUCUAACACGUACACGCACAUCUAGAAUACAGGAAGUCCAGAAAACCAACACUCUGACAUCUAAUCAAGAGUCGUCAAAACUC